AUGAUCAACAAGGACGAAGAUGCAAGAUCGUUCUUAUUUACAGCAAAUCCACAUGAUGUUCAGAACCAUCACGGCGCAUUCCCGAACACAAUGCAUGUGCAAAGUUGUGAUCAAGCGAUCGCUGACACGAUUCCGCUUCCUAUAAGAGAUUAUCACGGAUGUCCCACACGAUUCAGUACUACUUCCUCUUUGCACUUAAUGUAUAAAUUUAAUCGCAGAGAUUUUACCAUUAACAUGGCGGUUGAAAUAUUGAAUAUCUCUUUGAAACAACCUCGUAUGUAUGGUAUUAUUGUACGUGAUGGACUACCAAUUUCCAAUAUAAACGGAGGUUCUCGUGUGAGUCACGUGUACAUACGGGACGUCAUAGUGUGGGUAGUUCCUCCAACAAAUGCCAUUUCGUCAUUGGAAAUUUUAGCAGUUAAUUUUGAAAAGGAGGUUUGGAUAUUAGUUUCGGUUGGUUUUGCAUUAUUUACCUUUGCGUGGUACGUUUUGGAAAAAUUCAAAAGAAGCUUCGGUGAAAUUGUUCUGAAGACUUUUGGAAUCACGCUAUCUGGAAGCACUAAUCGCAUUACCAAUUCUUCAAGACUUAGAUUUCUAAUUGUGUGCUACAUUAUAUACAGCGUGCACAUACAAACAGCGUACGUAUCAAACUUAAUGCGCCUGAUAACUACACCUCCGAGAAGCCAACCGAUAAGCAGUAUAAAGGAGCUGCUAGAAGCUGAGAUUCCAAUUUGUUGGGAAUCUACUGCCGUAACGGUGAGAACGGUACACAAAUUGCUAAGUCAUGGGAAGAUAUUCAGCAAGAUGAAGUUAAGAACAUGUCCCAUACGAGAUGAAGAUCCCCGUGUGCUGUUGGAGAGUUGGUCUGCACAUCCAAAUUUCUCUAUCGUUAUUCCAUUGAAAACACUACAUGCCCAUGCACUGAGUUUACGACUGCCUAAUUACUUCAUUGAUAAUCACUUUGUACCUCCCUUGAUGCAGACCUUUAUAAGUAAGAGAAGUAGUUUCAUUAUCGACAGUUUAAACAUAGUCAUCGACAGAUUGACCGAAAGCGGUUUGUACGAUAAACUAGAUAAAGAUCGAGAAUCUUACGUCGACUCGAAAAGAAGGGAAUUGCCGCAAGAAGAAGAAGUGGUGGCGCUAUCUUUACAGCACUUGAAUGGAAUUUUUAUUGUAUACUCUUUCGGUCUGGUUUUAUCUGUAGUGGCGUAUAUUGGAGAACUGAUUGCACAUCGAUUUUAAAUGCAGCUCGAUUUUCAAAUUGCACUUCGCUCACUGAAAAUGUUUGAAAAUGUUAUUGCCAAG